AUGGCUGCCCUAGAUCCCUCAAAGGACAACAAGAAAUAUGUGUACGACACUGUCAACGCUGACAUCGAGUCAGAGAAGUCCCUCCGGUAUACCGAAGUCGAGCACUCGGUCACCUUUCAGAAAGCGAUCAAGUUGCAUUAUCCUGCGGUGUUAUGGGCACUGUUCAUCAAUACAGCUACUAUCCUCAAAGGUAUGGACGGAGGCAUCGUGGGCAGUCUUGUCGGGAUCGAGCCCUUCAAAGGACAGUACGGCUAUCUUUACAACGACACCUUCACCAUCGAGGCGAGCUAG